AUGUCGCAGACCAACGACCGCCAGCCCGUGGCCGACCAGGCCGAGUUCAACGCCUUCUUCCCCUCGCCCUUUUCGCUGACGCAGUACGUGCCCUCCAAGACCGACUUUGACGGCGCCAAGUACGAUGCCUACACGGGCAAAAAGUGGAAGAUCCUGCUGAUCGGAUCGCAGGAGCGAUACCUCAAGAUGGCCGACGGCAAGUUCUUCUCGACGGGCAACCACCCCGUAGAGAUGCUGCUGCCGCUGCUCCACCUCGAUCUGGCUGGCUUUGACGUGGACAUUGCCACGCCCUCGGGCGACCCUGUCAAGUUUGAAGUGUGGGCCUUCCCCAGCGAAGACGAUGCCGUCAAGGGGAUCUACGAAAAGUAUGCCGAGAAGCUGCGCUCGCCGCUCUCGCUCGAAAAGGUGUGGGGCAGCGGCUUUGACAAGGCCACGCCCUACCUCGGUGUCUUUAUCCCUGGUGGCCACGGCGUGCUGAACGACAUCCCCUUCUCCAAGACGGUGGGUGAUGUGCUGCGAUGGGCCGAUGCCAACCAGCGCUUCCUCAUCACGCUCUGCCACGGCCCCGCGUGCCUGCUCGCCGCCGACGUGGAAAAGCCGCAGGGUGCCAAGUACAUCUACGACGGCUAUAAAAUCGUCUGCUUCCCCGACUCGCUCGACAAGGGCGCCAACAUCGACAUUGGCUACAUCCCGGGCAAGAUGCCCUGGCUCGUGGGCGAGCACGUGCGCAAGCUCGGCGUGGAGAUCAUCAACGACGCCAUCACCGGCCAGGUGCACCGCGACCGCUACCUCCUCACCGGCGACUCGCCUCUGGCGUCCAACAACCUCGGCAAGCUCGCCGCCGAGGCUCUGCUCGACGAGGUUGCCAAGCGCCCCUCUCCUUGA